GUCUCUCCCACAGCUUGAGAAGCACAAACAGAAAUGGAAGUUAAGAAAAUACUCCAUAUGAAUUCAGGAGUUGGGGUCCAUAGCUAUGCCAAAAACUCCUUACUUCAGCAUAAGGCAAUAUCCACUGCAUGGCCUAUCAUAAAGGAAGCCAUUCAAGACUUGUGCACUCACAACCUUCCAACCACUUUCAACAUCGCAGAUUUGGGGUGUGCUUCGGGGCCUAACACUCUUAUGAUCGUCUCCAAUUUAAUCAAACAGCUUCACCACUUUUAUCAAAACCUCCCUAACCAAUCACUCCGCUAUCAAAUCUUCUUCAACGAUCUCCCUGCAAACGAUUUCAAUGCCAUCUUUAGAUCCUUGCCAGGUUUGUUGGACAAUUUGAAGGCCCAAAUUGGAGGUGAUUUUGGGCCAUGUUUCUUCAAUGGCGUGCCGGGUUCGUUUUAUGGCAGGCUCUUUCCUAACAAAAGUUUGCAUUUUGUUCAUUCUUCUUACGGUCUCCAUUGGCUCUCCCAGGUUCCUGAAGGGAUGGAGAUGGAAAACAAAGGGAACAUAUUCAUAGACGCUACAAGUGGGGAGAAUGUGAUUGAAGCGUUUCGUAGGCAAUUUGAAAAGGAUUUUUCAGUGUUUUUGAAGUGUCGGGGAGAAGAAGUGGUAGGAGGUGGAGGAAUGGCUCUUACACUGUUAGGAAGAACAGACAAAACUUAUUGUUACGCUUAUCAACUCUUGAAUUUAGCUCUCAAGAAAAUGGUUGCAGAGGGAAUGGUGGAAGAGGAGAAAAUGGAUAGAUUCAACAUACCCAACUUCAUGCCAACUCCACAAGAAAUAAAAGAUGAAAUCCAAAAGGAAGGAAGCUUCAUGAUGAAUCGUCUUGAAGUGUCCAGAAUUGAUUGGAACUUCUACAAUAUUGAUGCAACAAGUGUGGAUGUGGGUGUUGAUAGCAGUUAUAACAUUGCAAAGUGCAUUAGAUCUGUGAUGGAACCACUUAUGAUCCCUCACUUUGGAGAACCCAUUAUGGAACAACUAUUUGAUAGGUACAGAAAAAUAGUUAAGGAUGAGAUGUCCAACAAAAAGAUUGAGUUCAUCAAUCUCACUGUUUCUCUCAUUAGAAUAUAAAAUGAUUAAAAAAAAUAAUGAUAAUAUGAUGUGGUG